AUGUCCGACAAGGUGACGGUCACGGCGAGGAUGGAGAUGGAGGGGAAGGGCGUGCGGGCGCUGGAGGAGUGGAUAGGACACGCCAUCGACCGCGUGCACGGGCGGGUCAACGACGAGUCCCUCCUCUACGCGGCGUCCCGGGACGGCUUCUCCAACCAGACUUUCCACGCCAAGUGCGACGGGAAGUCUCCGACCGUCGUCAUCGUGCAGCUCUAUGACGGCAGGUGA